AUCAAGGAUUCAUUUUCAUCCAUACCUGCAUGAUCGGCCUAUUUUGUUUAGUGUAUUUAUUUUUUCGUCAGAUUCAAUGGUUCAAACUUUCGACACAACCACAUCGAUAUAAAAUGAGAAUCAUCGGCUUAAUACUUGAGAUACUUCAAUUCCAUGGCAUUUUUGUUCACUUAGAGGUUCUUAAAACAAACUGCUUGCCAACAGAAGUGACUGUUACAACACGGAUAUAUAAUUCUAAAACACACUUCGUUUCAAAAACCUUUUGCAAAGAAACAUGUCCAGGAAAUCAGUAUGUUUUUCAAGAAAAAUGUUUCGACAACUGCCCAAUUUUGACAUUCAAACAGGACAAUGGAUUCAUAAAAUAUUGUAUAAAUAGCCCCAACAGAAACUUAGAAUGCCUUAAAGCUAUGUGUAAUCAGCAACUCCUGUACUGUUUUAAUGGAUAUUGUCUAAAUUACUGUCCCGAAUAUACGGUUGAUUUUAACAAAACAUGUCUAAUGCAUUGUCCAGACGAAGCCCCAUAUAUGACAGCCUAUUCUUGUGAUGGUGUGUGUUACUCUGGGAAAAAGUCUUGUUCGGUAACCUGUCCAAACUCCCAUCCAUUUGUCUUCCAUUCUCGUGAUAUUAAACAUUGCUUAAGGGAAUGUCCAGACUUUACAGCAGUUAACGGAUAUUCCUGCGAUACGGUGUGUCCACAUGGGCUUCCUUUGCUUUUCAAUAGAAGUUGUACAAAGGAAUGCCCAACAACAAGCCCACUUAUGUAUCUCAAAACAUCUUCCUUCAACAGGAUAUGGGUCUGCACCACAAAAUGUCAGUCCAACAUGGCAUCUUUUAAAAAUGUCUGUGUUUCUGUAUGUCCAAACAAUACUUAUCUUGAUAGUGUAAAGAAGGAAUGUGUCGAAAAGUGUGAUAUUCUUCGACCAUAUAUAAAUGCAAAUCCAGCUUUGAAAUCAUCUAUUUAUCAUCAGCAAUGCCUUUCCCGUUGCCCUGCUGAAAAAUAUGUUCUAUCCUUGAACAACAUAAGCCAUUGUAUUGUAGAAUGUCCGAAAAACUUUUCCUUAUUUAACUACACCUGUCUUUCACAAUGUCCCGAAUCUCAUCCUUACAAAAGUAUAAUGUCUGUAAAAGACAAUAAAACAUUUUCGUGUGUUGAAUAUUGUGAAGAAAAUGAAUUUCUCUAUAAUGAUACCUGCUACAGUCAAUGUCCUGCAGAUUUGGUGCACUAUUUAUCUACAUGUGUAGAACAAUGCUAUGGAUCAUUUCCCUUUUUAUAUAAACACAACAGAACUUGUGUUGGAAAAUGUUCAGAAGGCCAUGUACUAAAUAGAAAUAUUUGUGACGGAAAAUGCCCUGAAGACCUAUUUCAUGUUGAAAACGGAAUUUGUAGUUCAAACUGUAGCAAAAACACUUCUUUUUAUAUAGUGUCUGAUGUUGGCAAAGUAUGUAUCUAUUCGGAAAGUUGUCCAAAAGAAACAGUUUUGUUGGAAAAUACAAAAGAAUGCAUUCAAAAAUGUCCCAUGAAAACACAUAUUGUGAUAGAUAAUGUGUGUUCAAAAGUUGAAAAGUGUCCUAAUUCUUAUUUUGUCACUCUAGAUCCAAUGUAUGGUUAUCGAUGUACAACAAAAUGCCCGAUAUCCUAUUUCAGUAACGGAAGAAAAUGUGUCCGCUGGUGUCCUCAGAACAUGGUUAUCGUAGAUGGCACAUGUGUUAACAAUUGCACUAGCACAAAGCCAUAUGGAUUAAGAAACGAAAGUCUUAAUGGAACCGUUUGUUACUCAGUGUGUCCAGAUACGUAUGUGAAUUAUCUGAAUAAAUGUAUCAGCCAUUCUAUGUGCCUUUUCGGUAAAAAAUUUUACAUAUAUGAAAACACUUGCUAUCAAAAUUGUCCAUCACAUACGUUUAUUAGUGAGAUAAAUACGUACUUUGUUUGCGAGAACAUCAAUAACACACCCUCUGCUGUUGAUUUAAGCACUUUUGGUUUUAUUGGUGUUUCAUGUACUUUGUUAUUCUACUUAAUAUGUUGUUUUCAAGGAUUACCUCGCUGUUUAUUUCGAGACUGUGCUGGUUUUGGGAAGGUGUCUGCGACAGAGACAAGAAAUUUAAUUGCUGCAGUCGACAACAAUGGAAUAGAGAUUGACGACGUUGAAAACCAGUAG